AUGGCGACAAAUAUAAAACACGAUGAUAAUCCUUCAUUAACAACAAUUGUUGAUAAUCAUUUACGUUCAAUAGUUUACAAUCCAUCAUUAAAUUCUUUAAUUUAUCUUAAUGAUAAACAAGAAAUCAUAGUUCGUAGUGCUGAUCAAUUAUCAACAUUAUUUCAUCGUACAUUACCAAUAAAUAAUUCCAAUGAAUAUUAUGAAAUUCUUUCAUGUCAUGACAAAUUUCUUUUUCUAACAUCAACACAUAUUUAUGUUCGACAAUUAUAUCAGGGUCUUUAUUUACUUGAUUCAGUUUUAUCAUCAAUAAAUGAUGAAAAUUGUCAUGUUUUAAUUGAAUUAACAUAUGGUGAUGCACAAUUAUUCUUACAAUUAUUAUCAACAUUAGAUUUAUCAUCAUCAUUAAAUCAUAUAACAGAAUUUCGUGAUGUAUUAAAAAAGAAAUUCGAUGAACAUAAAUCAUCAUCAUUAUGGAAUUUAAUACAAUUUUCAUAUGAUUGUCUCAAUGCAAUUAAAAUUUGUUUUGAUAUAUUACGUUUACAUAAACAACAUAUACAACAAAGUCAAACGAAUCUUUCACCAUUACCAGGAAUUGUUGUCGCAGGUCUUUUACUUGAUUAUUUAACAAGAUAUUAUCAUCAUAAAAAAUCAUUAACGACAAAUCCAGAUGAACAAAUUGGUUCAACAUUAGAAACAUCCUCAACUACAACUACAACAACAACAACAACAGCAAUAGCAACAACAAUACAACCAGCAGUAGCACCGACUAGUAGUAUAUUUACUAUAAAUGGACGAACAACACGAGAACGUCUGAUGUUUAGCGAAGCAACACGAUAUAGAACAUUUACACUUUGGCCACAUGCCGCAUUCAGAUGGCUUUCACCGGAAAGUAUGGCUAAAGCUGGUUUUUAUUAUUCACCUUUAAAAGAUAAUGAUGAUCGUGCAUUAUGUUUUGCUUGUACUGUAACACUUGUUUGUUGGGAACCAUCUGAUUCUCCUUGGACAGAGCAUGGACGUCAUUCACCGAAUUGUCCAUUUAUAAAAGGUGAUUUCACUGAAAAUGUUCCAUUACGUACAACAUGUUCAAUUCAACCCGGGAAAAAAAUCUUUUCAAAUCAACAACAACAAAAAUGGACAAUUAAAUCCAAUGAAUUAUUAUUUAAUGAACAUAUACUAUUAUUUUUAAAUGCUGAUUGGAUAAUACGUUGCGUUGAUAUAACAAAUGUUAUUCAUAUAAAAACUCUAUUAUCAUUAAAAAAUCUUAUUGAACAAUUAACAACAGAUAUAAAUCAUGAAAAUAAUUCUUCGAUUGAUAAUACAAAUGAAACAAUAUUUAUCGAACAUUUUGAUCGUUUAACAACAAGACGUUAUUUAAAUUCAACAAUAAUUCCACUUGCUAUAACAAUGUAUCCGCUAUCAAUAACAAAUGAAAGUGAUAAUUCGAUUAUAUUUUGUUUUGUUCAUUUAUUAGAAACAAAUAAAUGUAUUUUAUUAACAACAACAACAUCAACAACAGGAAAUCAAUAUGAAAAUAUGAUCUCAUCAGUUGCAUCAACAAUAACAAAUCCAGAACAAACAAUUGAAACAACAAUAAAUGAACAAGCGAAAUCAAAUAAUAAAUAUGAUUAUUUAAUUGAAUUUUCAAAUUUUAAACAAAUACCUAAACAAGCAUAUUUAUAUCAAUUAACAAAAACAAAAAUGAUUUUAUUAAUAAAUACAACUGAAUGUAUACAUGGAUAUUGUAUUGAAUAUGAUCAAAUAAAUUUAACAUUAAAAAUUCUUUUCUAUCAUUGUAUAUAUCAAACAUCGACAAAUGAUAUUAAUAUUGAUUCAAUAAAUUCGAUUAUAAUUGAUGAUGAUGAUUUAUUAAAUACAGAUGAACAAUCAAUGAUUAGUAAUGAUGAAGAAAAUUUUGAAUUAGAAGAAGAUGAUAAUGGUGAAGAUGAUGAUGAUGAUGAUAUAGAUAAUGAAUGUUCAAAAAAAGAUCAAUAUACAAAUAAAAUACAUAAACGAAAAUGUUUUUUAAUUUGUUUAAAGUCUGGACAUUUAAUUUUCUAUGAUGUUUAUGGAAUAGAAAAUAAUCAAGAAGACAAUUAUAUUGGAAUAUUAGCAGAUCAACAAAUAACAGGUUGUGUGGAAAAAUGUGUUCAUGUUAGAGGAACAGAUACAAUUUAUGCAUGGACAAAUGAUAAUGGUGUUAAAAAGUUCAAUAUUCGUGAUCUAUUUCCAUCUUAUUUUACUCAUUUACAAACUGAUGAUAAAACUAUGACAAAUUCUACGAAUCCUUUGGAAUCAAAACCUUUAUCUGACGAACAAAAUACGAAUUCUUUUUCGAUUUCUGCUCUUCGGUCACUCCUGUCAUUUACAUCAUUUGAUUCUUCACCAGCAACAUAUUUCUUUGCUCAAGUCAAUUCGUCUUAUUGGAUUGAUACACUUGAUACAACGAAAACAAAUGUUGAUCGUCAUUCAUGGCGUUUACAACAACCCCAUUCAACUCAACAACAACAAUCAUCAUCAUCAUCACCUAAUCAACAAACGAUUCCAUCCAUACAUAUAUUUGAUUUACAAACAGCAACACCAUGUACAUUACAUACAAUUGAAUUUCGUUAUACAUUAAAUCGACAACAUUUAUAUAAAAAGAAUUUAUUUGUUACACUUUAUCGUUGUUCAACUGAUCAAAAUGAUGUUGAUCAAAAAAUAGAAUUUAAUCAAUUAAAUUCUUCAUUAAAUUUUUCAAAUAAUGAUAUUCUUGCUGGUCCAUAUUCAUUAAUUGAUUAUUUAGAAUCACCUAUACAUGAUCAAGGUCUAAUACAAUUAUGUUCCUAUGAUUUAUUAACCUAUAAAUCGAAAGGUUUUCGUCUUGUUCUUGAAUCAAAAUCUUCAUCAUCAUCAUCAUCAACAACAACAUCAUCACCACAACAAAAUUUAUUUCCUAUUGAAAUUAUUUCAAUUACACUUCGUUCAACAAAACAUCAGACACGUUUAUUACGUUUAUAUGAUCCUUCAACAAUAAAUUGUUUAACAUCAACAAUAUUAACAACAACAAAUGAAAAGAAAAUCUUAUUUUCAUUAAAUUUAUUAAUAUCAAUUAUUUAUACGCGAAAUGAUUUAAAUAAAUUAAAUCAAAUCAAAUGUUUAUUAUUAGAUCAAACAUUUUUACAACGAACAUUUAUAAAUGCAUCAAGAACAAUAGCUAAACGUACCACAACAUUAAUAUUAAUGAUUAUUAAAAAUGAUAAUGAUAUUGAAAAAUUUAUUGAAAACUUUUUAAAUUUAUUUCAAAUGAAUAGUCAAUAUUUACUUGGAUUUAAAUCAUCUUCAGCAUUAAAAUGGUUCUUUGUUAUUAUUGGACAAUGGACUAAAUUAUAUCAACAUCAAAUUGGAACAAAACUUUUACAAUGGUUAUUACAAUUAGCAGAUAUUAUACAAAAUACGGAUACAGUACAAAGACAAACUUUGAGAAAUAAAUUUGGAUUCUAUGCCGAUCCAUUCGAUGCACAUUUAUUUGAUGUUGAUCUUGCAACAUUAAUUGAAUGUAGUCUUCGUCAACGUAAUCCUAAUACAUCGUCAUCAACAUCUUCUAAUCCAUCAAAUAUUUCUCAGUCAUCUCGUCCACCUGGUAUGAGUGACAAUGGUUAUGAUCCACGUAUUUAUUCUCGUUAUGGUACAACUGGUUUACCAGUCAUACCUUCAGAUCCUGAUUCAUUAUAUUCUUCAUCAAACAUUCAAUAUGCAUUAUCUAAACUUUUACCUAAUUCUCUUUCGUCAUCGAAUGUUUAUUUAAAACCAAUUCCGGGUCUUUUUGAAGUUACACCAUUAAAUUAUACAAUGCAUUCAUCAAAUGAUGGUACACGUCUUGAACGUGUCGAUAUAACACAUCUAUUAACUUUACGAACAUAUGAAGCAACAAGUGCACCACCACCACCUAAUGUUACAUUUGGUACUGGUUCUCAUCAUCUCUAUCAUCCAACAACAUCAAGUUCAAUACCUCCUCCACCACUUCCACCAGCCAUAUCAACAUUUAAUUCAUCAAAUACAUUUCCAUUUUCAUUUCCGCCACCAAAUAUAAAUACAUAUUAUGAUACACUUUAUAUGUUACCAUCAACUACAAAUUCAACUACAACAACAGCAAAUAAUGAGCCAACACCAGCAAUUGUUGCGUCAUUUCCUGUUACAACAGCAAAUACAACAACAAUGGAUCAUGGAAUAAAUAAUAAUUUCAUAACACCACCAUGGUUACCACAUUUAGCAUCAAAAUUUAAAGAUAAACAAGGUUUACAAAAAGAAAAAUUAAAAUUAAUUGCAAAAAAAAAUAAAGCUGCUGCAGCACAAUCAUCAAUGUUGAAAAAAAAUUCAGCAUUAUUUAAUGAUCUUAUUCCAUCAUCAAAAUCACCAUCAUCAUUAUCAACAACAACAACAGCAACAUCAUCAACAAUUCAUAAUCAACCAAUUUAUUCAUCAAAUACAAAUUUAUCAGCAGAUAAAAAUCGUUCAGAUGAUGAAAAUCUUGAUCAACAAUCAGCAUCAACAACAGCUACAUUUGAUGAUAUAUUAGCACAAAUAUCAAAUAAUAUUGUUCAAGGACAAUAUUUACCAUUGUAUCAAUUUGUAAUUGAUCGUUUAUCAGGUGGUGGACGAAGUCAUUUUAUUUUAGAUUUUGGACAACAAGUUACAUUAACUGAUAUAUUAAUUCCAUCAUGUCAAGAAUUAGCUUCAAUAAGUUUAGAUUUUUGGUCACAUGCUGAACAUAUUGAUUGUCAACGUUUAUUUUCUUCGACACAUAUAUCAAAUCAACCAUUUUUUCUACAUGAUUUACAACCACCAAUUAUAGCACGAUAUUUACGUAUUACAUUAAUUGGACAAUCAAAUAUAUCUGUAUCAUCAAUACGUUUACCUGUUGGAUAUUUUUUUGGCUAUCCAUAUAUAUUAAAUGAUGAUAAUGAAAAUCUUUCGAAUAAUUAUGAAAAAUAUCAUAAUAAAUUACAAGUUAUUGAAGGUGUUUAUGAAACAUUAAUAUCAAAUUAUGCAUUAUGUAGACAAAAAUUAUUUAAUUUAUUAUCGUCAACAAGUAAUAUUGAAAAAACGUUUCUUGAAAAAAUCUAUCGAGAAUGUAUUCAUUUACAAAUACAAAUUAAUCAAGCAAGUCGACAAAUUCAACAAUGUAAACAAAUGUUAAAAAUUGAAUCUGCACAAAUUAAUAAUCAACAACCAACAAGUGAUUAUUUAAAAUUAUUAGCAGAUUUAUUAACAAGUGAAUUAACAUCUCUAUCAGGAAUAAUGCAACAUACAAAUAGUUCACCUUCACCAUCAUUUAUAUCGUUGGAACAAGCUCUUUCAAUAUUUGAUACAUUUGCUAUACGUCAUGUACAAAUAAUUGAUAUGCCAAAACGUUUAUUACAAUUAUGUUCUUAUCAUUCAUGGUGGCCUGAAUUUGUUAAAGAAUGUUUUCAACGUUAUUUUCUUUCGAAUGACAUGUUAACAAUUGAUCAACAACAAUCAUUAUUUAUAAAUCUUGUUGAUUUAUGUGAACAAACAUUAUUAACAAUAAAUUCAUCAAGUGAUUCAUUAAUAUCCUAUAAUCGUUUAUUAGCUAUUGAAUAUUUAAAUCAUAUUUAUAAUUUAUUAUUAAAUACAAAUAAAACUUUUCAAUCAAUUGAGUGGUUAUUAUUAUUUUUAUAUCGUUUAUCUGAAAAAAAUUUAUUUCCAUAUUAUUAUGAACAAAUAAAUAAGAAAAGUAAUUUUUCACAAUUAAUUAAUAAACAUUGGCAAUUUUUACAUACAUCAUCUAUAAAUCAAAGUCCACGUUUAAUGAAUCCAACAAAUAACUAUCGUCGAAAAUUACGUAAAGAAACCUUAUUGAAAAAAUCAACAAAAUCAUCCUCAUCAUCAUCAUCAUCAUCAAAUCCAAUUCAAACAUCAUCAAUUAUUAUUUCACAAUCAAAUUCAAUUGAUUAUUUUUGUCAUCGUACAUUAGUCUUAAAUGUUUGUCAAUAUCUCCUUGAUAUAUUAAUAUCACACAAAAAUCUAUCCAAUGAAUUAUUUAUAUUAAUAUGUAAAUCAUUAUCUGAUAUAAGUCGUUCAUGUAAACCAUUAUUAUUAUUAAAUGAAUGUAUAACAAAAGAUAAUUUAAUAAAAUUAAUAUUUAAUAAUCAACAAGUAUGGAUAAAACAUGCAUUAAUUUAUUUCCUUAUUGAUUUUGUUGAUAAUGAAAUCUAUUUACCCAAUGAAAUUUAUGAUACUAAUAAUACAAUAAAUAAUAAUAAUAAUACUACGAAUGAUGAUGAUGAUGAUUUAGAUAUUGAUAAUGAUGAAGAUGAAUGGAUAAAUAAGAAAAAACAUUUUCCAGCAUUUAAAAAAUUAAAAAAAAAAUUUCAUGCAACUGAUCAAGAUAUUUUAUAUCCAACAACGGAUGAUUUCUUAUUUUUAUUAACACAAUCAUCAUCAUUUCAACAAACACAAAAUCAACAAUAUCAACAACAACAACAACAAUAUUUAAAUUUAAAUUCCAAACCAAAUUAUGAUAUUAUCCCAUUUUCAAUUGAUAAUCGUCUUGAUGGAAAUAUUCAAUUUAUAUUUGAUUUAUUUACAAUAAAUCAAUCAUAUAAAAUUCAACGUUUAUUAAAUAAAAAUUUAUUUCUUCGUAAUCAAUAUACAAUUGAAUAUGAUUUAAAUUUAAAAACAAAUUAUACAAAUCAAUAUGAAACAAAGAAAUAUUUUUCUCAAACAACAAUUGAUUUAUUAAAUGAAAUAUUUCAAAAUAUGUUAUGUCAAUUAAUUGAUCAACAAGAAAAAUAUGAAUUAUUUGAUAAUAUUGAACAUUUAUUAUCAUCAUAUUUAAUUAUUUCAUUAGCGAAUUACUCGAAAAAUUUUAAUAAUAAACAACAAAUAUCAUCACAACAAACAGAAACAACAAUUAAUACAAAUCAACCACCAAUAAAUAUUAAUUUAAAACCAUUGUUUCUUAUGUCUAUUGAUACAUUAGAUAAAUUAUUAAUAUUUUUAUUGAAUUCAUCUUUAGUAACAAUACGUUUAUGGCAUCAUUUAUUUUCUUUAUUAUAUUAUACAAGUACAAAUAUUGAUUUAGCUAAUCAAAUGAAACAAAAAUGGUUUCAAGGUAAUAUUGAAAAUAGUUUAUUUGCACAAAUUUGGUUGAAAUUUAUUCAAACGACACAUGAAAUGAUUGAUGAAAGUACGGUUGAUAUUAUUAUUAAUUAUUUUGAAAGAUUAUUUAUGUGUGAUCAAGAUAAUGGAAAUAUGCCGGAAAAUAUUAAAUUAACAAAAAGAACAGCUACAUCAGAUGAUUCAAGUCAACCGCAAGCAGCAACAUCAUCAACACCUUCUCCAUCGAAUUUAAAUCGUCUCUAUCUCAAUACCCUUCUUUCUCUUCUUAAUCGUCUGAUUAUCAAUGGUUUUCAUGGACCGUUUAAUUGUCAUUUAAAAUUUCUUACUUAUCUUUUUAAACAAAAUUUUUCUGAAGCAACAUCAUCAAUUCGUUUAACACUUUGCCGUAAUAUAAUCGAUUUUGUUUGGUCAUUUUGUUAUUCCUAUUCUCCACUAUCAUUUACUUUAACUGAUAUACAUCCACUAAUAUGUUUUCUUAACUAUGAUCGUAUUCAUUAUCAUCGUCAAUCAGCAUCAUCGACAACUUCAAUGAAUCCUUCAACAUCAUCAUCGAUUAAUAAAUGGCAAUUAAUGAAUACAGUUAAUAAAUUUUCUUUACAAAAUAAUCAAUCAUCACCACCAACAUCAACAACAAAUGAUCCAACAACAACAACAAAAUCUACACCAGUACGUCGUCAAAGUAAUUUACGUGACAUAUGUGUUCGACAAAUGAUUUUAUUAAUAACAAAAUUAAUGGAAAAUUCAACUCAAUCACAUGAUCAACAACGUAAACGUUUUAAAUUUGAACAAGGUGAUAAUAAAGAAAUUCUUGAUAUUGAUGAUGAAGAUUCCGAUGAUACACUUGAAUCAAUCUAUAUUGAAAAACUUCUUUCAAUACUUUCAACAUGUCAUUCAGCACUUGAUUCAUCACCAUCAAUACCAUUAAAUUCCUCAACAAAAUUUCUUGCUGCAUCAUCAACAUCAACAAAUAAUCAUUCAUCAUUUAUUCAUACAACAAUACGUUUAAAUCUAAAUGAUUUACUUUCCGUUGGUGAUAGUAUUUAUUAUUGUUUAUCAUCAUUUUUAUCACAACCAAAUUAUCUUUUACCAAUACUUUGUCAUUAUCUAACAACAAAUCCAUUAUUAUCAUCACCAUUAUUAUUAUUUAUUAUUUAUUCAUUACAUAAUCCACAAAAUCUAUCUGAUAUAUUAAAUCAAUAUAAAUUUCUUGAUCUAUUAGUUAAUAAUUUAAUUUCAUUUUCGAAUCAUUUAUCAAAUCAAACACAAAUACCAUCUAUUCAACGUAUCUAUGAUCAACGACAAUCAUUAAAUAAUAAUACAAUGGAUAUUGGUUCAAUUAAUCUCGCACCACAAUGUCAAAUAACAUGUUCAAAUCCAAAUGCAACAUCACCGGAAAUAUUAAUUCAAUCAAAUAAUAAUCUUCAAACAACACUACCAUCAUCAUCUCGUCGUCUUCGUUCACCACCAUGGUCAUAUACAUAUCCGCCUAACGAACGAUCAUGUACAUUAACACUUAAUUUUCCAUAUUCAAUUAUAUUAAAAUCUAUUCAAAUAAUAACAUUUACUCAAUUAUCUGUUAAUCAUUAUACAAUAAUUGAUCAUUUAAAUACGAACCUAAGUCAAUGUCCAUCAUCCAUAACAUGUGAAAUAUCCUCCGAUGGUUAUUAUUUCAUUCCAUGUGCGUAUUUAUUAAAUACACAAGGACAACAAAUAAUAAAUCUAUCAUUAACAAAACAAAUUGAUAUUGUUAGACAAUUACGUAUACAUUUUUCAAAACCAAUUGAUCAUGAUACAAUUGGUUUACAACAAAUAUUAAUCUAUGGAUAUUAUUCCUAUGAUCAACAGAUGAUUAUUGAACAAAAUAGUCAACCCUAUCAAACAUUAAUAUCAACUGUAUAUGGUAAACAAAUAACACAUAAUAAAAUUCAAACAAAUUCAUCCAUUGUAACAACAUUAAAUGAUGAUGAUUUUAAAUUAAUGUAUUCAUCAAUAAAAUCAUCAUCAAUGAAUACACAAUCAAUUGAUAAUAGUCAUCAAGUAUCGAUGAUCCUAGCUGAUAAAUAUCGUUCAUUCAAUCAUUAUUUACAAUUAAUACAUUUAUGUUUAAAAACACCAUUGAAUAUAUCGGAUAAUUUAUUUGAAAAAUUUCUUUAUUUUCUUGAAAAAAAGUUUUUAUUAAUUAAUGAUUGGAUAUUUAAUGAAAUAUUUAUUUAUCUUGGUAAUCAUUGUACAAAUAAACAAUUUGAAAUCUUUAUUAAAUAUUUAAUAAAUUAUAAUCAUACAAAAAUAUUAUCGGAAUUAAAUUUUAAUGAAAUUAAUAUCAAUUAUUUAAUAAAUAAUUUACAAAAUUCAUUAAUUAAUCAACAAAUAAUACGAAAUAUUUUUUGGAAAAUUAAAGAAGAUAAUAUUAAUCUUGAUGAAAAUUUAUUAGAAUAUUUAAUGAUAAACUAUAUAUGGUUAUUACCAUCGAUAGCACAUCAUAAACCAUUAUUAGUUAUAAAAAAUUAUUUUCAUAAAAUCGAUUCCUAUAUUGAAUAUUUUAAACAAUUAAAAAUCUGUUCAUUAAGUGUGGAAUUUCUUAAUGAAAUAUUAAAUAAUGAUUUAUAUUUACAAUCAAUUGAAGAAUUAAAUCAACAAAUUCAAUCGAUAUCAUUAAUGAAAUCAGAUGAUUUAAUUAUUUAUCAUGCUUUGGAUUAUUUAAUAUCGAUAAGUAAAUAUUCAAAUGUACAAAUAUGGUUUUCUCAAACAAUAAAUGCAUCGAAUAUAUGGAAGAAAUUACUUGAUUUAUUUAUUAAUCCACAAUUAUCAUUAUUUAUACAAUCGCCAUCAAUAUUAUUAACACAAUUGAUAACUUUAUUAAGAAAUUUAUCUAUACAAUGUCCAACAAAUCAAAUAAAUAUGUCAUUAAUUGCAUCCUAUUUAGCUUAUUUAACUGAACAACGUCUUGAACAUGAUCAACCAUUAACUGGUUUUCUUCAAUAUAUAUUAAGUGAAGUUGUACUUAAACAUGAAUAUAUACAAUGUUUGAUAAAUACAAGAGAUUAUCCAAUACAUACGAAAGAAUAUUCAACAUUUCAAAGAAAUUCACUUUAUCAUAGAUUAAUACAAGAUUGUCCAAUAUCAAUGAAUAUAGGACAAUUAAUUGAGAAAUUAUUUGGUUUCAAUUAUUUACAAGCAAAUAUAUGGACAGCGACGAAUUAUAUAAAAAAUAAAAGUUUUUUAAUUAAAGCAUCAAGUGAACCAAUUAAUAGUAAUCAUAGAAGAAAAAUUUUACGAGCUGAAUUAGUUUCAUUAAGAUCAACAAUUGGUGGAAAAUUAACAACAAAAUCAAUAAGUUCAUUAGCAAAUUUAGCUAAACAUUAUCAUAAAUCUACUUCAUCAUCAAAAUCAACAAAUAAUGAAUCAUCAUCAUCAUCGUCAUCAACAACAAAAAAGAGUUCUUCGUCAUCCUCAUCAUCACCUGUGGAAAAUGUACAUUUUAUUUUACAUAUUAAUGGACAAAAGAAACAAUGUAUUUUGCCGAAAACAACUCGACUUAGUGAUUUAUUAUUAUCAUUUGAUUGUCGAUCAUUAAAUACAUAUGAAGUUGAUGUUAUUGAAAUGACUUUUGAUAAUCAUAUUAUACUCAAUGAUGGACAGGAAAAAGAUUUAAUAACUCAAAAAUCGAUUGUUUCCAAUAAAGACUAUCCGACAUUACUCGAUACUUUUGUUCAUGCAAAUGGUCUUAAAAUACUUGCUCAACAUUUUGCUCGUAAUUAUCCAUCGAUACAAUCAUAUGAUGAAUGUAUUACAUCAUCAUCAGCAUCAUCAUCAACGGCAAAUGUUUUCGAUAAAAUAAAUUUCUUUGAUUUCUCAUCAUUAGUCUCAUCAUCUUCAUCAUCAAAUACUUCAGCUAAUAUGACAAUGCCCUAUUAUGUAUUUAUAACAUUUUCAAUAUUUCUUCGUUUACCAAAUUAUGCACGUGCUAUGUUAAAAAAUCGUUCACUAGCAUGUAAUAUAAUUCGUUUAAUGCUUGGACAAAAAGAAUCAAUUUUAAAUGAAUAUCAAGAUCAAACACAACAGCAACAUCAAGAUAAUUUCGAUAUGAGACAAAUCUCCAAAUUACCAUUUGAAACAUUAUCAAUUUUACUUAAAGAUUCUCCUGAUGAUUUAUUAGAUGAAAUAUUACAUUCAAGUAUUCUUCUUCUAUUACUUUCAUGUUUAUCAUCUAUAACACGUCAUCCACAUCGUAAACAAAAAGAUUCUUCAUCAACAACACAAAUUCCAUCAUUGUCUAUUGUACCACCACCAACACAAUCAUCAAUAAAUCAUGAAUCAAUUAUGGAUGAUAAUGAUGAUGAAUAUUAUGAAGAUGAUAUUGAACAAAUUGAAUCAUCAACAAUUCAACAAUUAAAUACAAUAAAUAAUAGUAAUAAUCAGACAAAUUCAACAAAUACAAAUCCAAGUUUUUGGGCUAAAGGUACUGGAUUUGGUACUGGUUCAACUCAUUCACAAUGGAAACCAGAUGAAAUUUUACAAAUCCAAAAACUGCAUGAAGAACAUGUGAUUUAUUUAUUUGAUAUAUUUCAUUCAAUAUUUUCAAAUAAAUUAUCUGAAGAUCUUCUUGAUGAACAUUUAAUUGAAAUAAUCAAUACAUCAUGUCUUAUUCCUGUACUUGAAUCAUAUUUACGUAAUGAUUCAAUAUUAGAUUUAUCUAAACAAGGUGAUAUACAUCGUUAUUGUUUACGUUUAGUUUAUUGUUUAUUAAAUAAUAAGAAAUUAAAAAAUUUAAUUUAUCAAACAAGUAAUAUUGAAUAUUUAAUUGAAAAUCUUUUACAAUGUGUACAAACAUAUACAUCAAUGAUACAAAUUGAUGAUGAUGAACAAUUAACAUUAUUUUCAGUUGAAUUAAAACAAGUUUAUGAUAAAAUCAAAGAAGAACAACAAAUUGAUAAAGAAACAAAUAAUGAUCUAAAUGAUUUCAAAACUAAUAAAGAAUUAGUAACAUUAGAAGAAUUUUAUUGUCAAACAAUGAAAUUAUUACAAUUUAGUACAUAUCCAAUAACAAUUGAAAAUGAAUCAGGUGAAAAAGUUUUAUUUAAUAAAACAAUGAAAUAUCAUUAUGAAGAUAUUGUACGUGAUGCAUUAACAAUUAAUUCUAUGCAAAGAAUAAAACGUUUAGCACAAGAACAAAUAACAAUAUCAACAUCAUUACCAUUAUCAUUUAGUUCAACAUUAUUUGUACGUUCAGAUGAAAAUCGUAUGGAUAUUAUGAAAGUAUUAAUAACAGGUCCUGAUGGUACACCAUAUUCAAAUGGAUGUUUUCUAUUCGAUGUUUAUUUUCCAAAUGAAUAUCCAACAUCACCACCAUCAAUUAAUUUAGAAACAACAGGAAAUCAUACAGUUAGAUUUAAUCCAAAUUUAUAUAAUGAUGGUAAAGUUUGUUUAAGUAUAUUAAAUACAUGGCAUGGUAGACCAGAGGAAAAAUGGAAUACAACAUCAACAUUUUUACAAGUUCUUGUUUCUAUUCAAUCUCUUAUUUUUGUGCCUGAACCUUAUUUUAAUGAACCUGGUUAUGAACGUACACGUGGUACAGCUACUGGUACUGCUCAAUCACUUGAAUAUGAUGCCAAUAUUAGACAAGCAACAGUUCGAUGGGCAAUGCUUGAACAGUUACGAAAUCCACCUGCCUGUUUUACUGAUGUUAUACGACGAUAUUUCUUUUUAAAACGAAAUGAAAUUAUUGACCAAUGUGAAGCAUGGAUACGUGAAUUACAAGAAAUAUCAUCGACAGAAAAACGUGUAAUGUCGUCGAUAAGUCAACACCUUUCAUCCCUUAUUCGCCAUACAAAUGAUCUGAAAAAAGAAUUUGCUCGUUUAACGCCACCUGAUGAUUUUACAAUUCCACCUGAAUUAUCAUCAUUUUUACUUAAAACAUCAAUAAGUAGUAAUGUAACAACAGAUCAAGUUGCGCCUUCUUCUAGUUCAUCAGUAACAACAACAACAAUUAUUACUAUUCCACCAAAUUCGGAUACAAAUCAAACAUCAGAACAUACAACAACUUCAUCAUCAACUGACGAACAUUCAAUUCAAAUUAAAAUAGUACCUAAUCUUCAAUAUCAAUCAUCUACAACAUCAACUACAGCUGCAACGAUUGCAUCGCCAGCAACAUUAAUCGAUCAAGAUAUUCAACAAACAUCAAAUUCAUCAAUUGAUCAAUUUGAACAACAACAAAAUCAAUCACCAUCAACAAAUACAAAUACAUAUGAUAUAACUAUAACACAUUCAAAUAGUUUACUUUCAGAUUGGACAACAACUGAUACACCAAGUGUUCCAUUAGCUGAUGAUGGACUUAUUUAUGAUGAUUUACUUGAUGAUGAAGAUGAUAUGGAUGAUGAUUUAGAUGUUGAAGAUAUGCUUGAAUAUGAAGGUGAUAUUCCUGAAGGUUAUCCGGAAGAUUUCUAUUGA